AUGGCUUUAAAAUUGUCGCAUAGAGCAUCAAAGGCUCUUACAUUCUCUGUGCAAACUAUGAACCCUGCUCGAUUUACAUCGAAAAGACACCAAUUCGUCGCAAGAUCAAUAUGCUUGUCUCAACUGUCAACUCAAAAUCCCGUUAGUAUCGUACGAUCACGUCUACCGAUGCAACGACUUCAUCGAUAUUCGACCCAGCCAUCAUCAAACAAACGGACCCCAAAAACUGCUCAGAGCGAAAAAAAUGAAAGUCACUCUUUCAAUCAGACCAAUUACUCACCCGAUAUCUUGUCGCAUCUCAAAUCUCUCCGAAUGAGCCGCACAACGAAAGUAAUUGUUUAUACUGCACUUGCUAUUGUCGGGACUAUGGAGACUGUGUUUUGGAUCAAGGUAUUAUGGACCAAGUUUGGCUCAGGAAACGAAAAUUCAACCGAGGAAAGAAAUGGCAUUUAA